AUGCCGAUUAGUUCUCAGUUUGCGCUUGGUUCACCAUCUAACCCCAUUUCUGCCCUUCUUGCCAACGGCUACAAGCGUUUGGUUAGAACUGGCAAACUGCAAAAAAUAUUUUCUGCUCAAAAGCAUUCUGAUAUUCACCUGGAUGGCUUUAAAUCAGCAGUAAAAGGUCACGAGGGGUUUUCUUUGCACCCCCUAAGGAAGGCUGUCAGGCUAAAUCCAGACGAUACAUAUGUUAAGGUUCUCCUUGCCCUGAAGCUUCAGGAUGAAGGACAAGAAGCUGAAGGAGAAAAGUACAUUAAAGAAGCCCCCCUCACUCUGGACAACAUGACCUCACCGACCUAUGUCUUUCGAUAUGCAGCCAAGUUUUACCGAAGAAGAGGCUCUCCAGAUAGAGCUCUUCAGCUCUUAAAAAUGGCCUUGCAGGCAACACCCACUUCUGCCUUCCUGCAUCACCAGAUAGGGCUUUGCCACAGGGCACAAAUGAUGCAAAUAAAGACAGCUACAAACAUGCAGCCUACAGGGCAGGAUAGAGAAAAGGUAGACAGAUUUGUUCAAUUGGCUAUACAUGAAUUUGAAAAAACUUUAACACUAAAGCCCACAUUUGAGUUGGCUUACGUUGACCUGGCUGAAGUUUAUGCAGAAAGAGGGCACCACAAAAAGGCUGAGGAUGCUUUUCAGAAAGCUUUACACGUGACAAUCAUUGAUGAUUACAUACAGCAACAGAUUCAUUACUGCUACGGACAUUUCCAAGAACAUCACAGGAAAUCUGAAGAUAAAGCAAUUACCCAUUGCUAUCUUCAGAAAAUAGAAAAAAUGUCCUAUGCCAGGGAAAAAAUUCUCAGUGCUUUAGAGAAAUUGGCUAAAAGAUGCAUUGACCGGAAUGUGCAUGUUGUGGAAAGUUUCAUCCUCCUUGGUCCGGUCCACAAAUUGAAAGGGGAAGUGAGUGACCCCCUGCUGUGCUAUGAGAGGGCCCUGAGGCUGGCUGCUGACCUAAACCCUAUGUUGUGA